UGCAUUCAUAUUUCACAGAAAACUAAGUAAUUGCAUUUUCUGUAUUGCUAUGAAAGUUGACGUUUUAAUCAUUGAACCUGGUACAUUACCUCCUGUUCAAUUGUUCGUUCAACCAUUGACCAUUCAAAUUCGACCUAGGAUUGUCUCUUGAACACGGUGAUUCAGAACAUGAUAUUGAGCAACAAGGUUGCGCCUGCGACAUUUGAUCAUCUGGCUUCUGGUGGUAUACGAAUAAUUUAUAAUCAGCAGGAUAAGACGUUUGCACAGCACGCAAUUAUUAAUAACCACGUAGGUAUUCAUCAAGAAGAUGUCAAAGUGUUCUGCACGCAGGCCCAAGGAGGGUAUCCACAGCACACUACUUUAAAUGAACGCAAGGCUAUUAAAGACUAUGGUAAAUAUUUCAAAUGUUCAUCAUGUGAUAGAACUUUUACAUCAAGAUCAGGAUUAUGGUAUCAUGUACAGCUUGUUCAUGAAGUACAAAAUUAUCCCUGUGAUCACUGUUCAAGAACCUUCAGAUUGAAGCAAUAUCUCAUUGCACAUGUGCAACAAGUACAUGAAAAAAGACUAGCAAAAUGUGAAGAAUGUGGAGCGACAUUUGCUUCUUUGGGCAAUUUAAAGAAACAUGAGAAAAGCAUACACGGAGGCCGACUUUUCGACUGCCCUUCGUGCGAUCGUUCCUUCACUUCUAGAUCUGGCUUGUGGUACCAUAUUCAUCUUGUUCAUGAUGUACAAUCCUUUCAAUGUGAUAUAUGCUCCAGAACAUUUGCAUUAAGAGUUUAUCUUCACGCUCAUGUACAACAAGUUCAUGGAAAAAGAAUGGUUAAAUGUGAACAGUGUGGUAAUUUUUUCUUGUCUGGAAGUACUUUCAGAAGACAUGUAGAAACUCAACACAAAGGCAUGCAACUUCCACUCAGUAACCAUUAUAACUCUCCAGUUGAUCGGAAACCAUCUGGAUUAAAACCACCCGUAGGUGAAGUGAUAUUCAAAUGUGCCAGUUGUAACAAAUCUUUUGCCUCGAGAUCUGAUGUCGCAGUGCAUUAUAGACAUGUACAUGCUCUCAAAUAUAUUAAAUGCGCAGAAUGUGAUCGAACUUUUACGUCGAAAUCAAGUUUGCAAAGUCAUGUACGCGUAGCACAUCCCGAUGAUGACGAAGAAGAAGAAGUAGAAGCAGAAGAGGAGGAAAUGGACAUGCCAUUACCCUCUAAGAAAUCUCCUGUAAAAACUGUCACUAUCCUCCUUUUCCGAACAAAUAAAAAUCUCCGUCUUCAAAAUCCUCCUGUUACAUAAAUCUAAUUUUGUUAUAAUGAUGAAUUAUUUCGCAGUGCACAUAUUGUAUUGUAGAUUCUUGUGGAUCAGAUAUAUUGUUUUUAUUACUAUUAAUUUUGAUAAAUGUAUAAAUUUGUUUUUACCAUUGUGUUGAUUAUUAUUGACGAAAGAAUGAAAUAAAAGAAAUAACUGUACAUAUUUUUGUAGUACUCAUUAUUUUUUUUCAAUAAUCUGGUCAAGCGUUUAAUUCCAUUAUGCGUAAAAUUUAUUUUGAUGAAGUCUCACAGUAUUCGACACUAGUAACUAUUGUGAUGCGUCUAGUCCUCUGGUUGGUGUAGACUGAAUUCUAUCAGUCAGGUUGUAAUGUGACCACCAUUCUAGCUAGCUCGCCAUCACGAUGCGCAUUGAUUUGAUGGUAUUAGAUGGUUGGAGGCAAUCGGCAGUGUUAUACAGAAAUAUUUAUUGAUGACGCUUCGAGCACAAUUUAUUACUGCUCAUAAUCAUAUCAAGGUACUCACACAACUUUCUAACUUCGUUUAUAUAUUUCCAUUAUUUUUUUCAUCGCUUCACUUGAUUGGUAGUAGUAUUUUCCAUAUUUCUGGUAUGCGUGAUGGGUUAUUCCUAUUGCAUGUGUUGAGUGUAGACUUGAUGAACAAGGAUUCAGUAAUCAACCUCUCUCUCCACUUACCCAUAUUAUUUUUAGAAACUUGACUCUGCCCCACUCAUUCCAUUGUGUGUUACCGCAUGGAGUGCAAUGCAGUACUAAGUUUUUUUCUAAAUUACUUAUCUUCUCGGGGUCAGUCAUUCUAGCCUUAGCUAAAUUCUUAUGUUUUGACAAUCUGACUACCCCCGGAUCCACUAAUUUUACCUAUGUAGUUGACCUCACAGUCAUUGCAAGGUAUGUUGUAAACUACAUUAUUUUGUCUAAUUGGGUCAACAGGGUCCUUAAGCCUGCAGAGCUUGUCUCCGAUUGUGAAGGUUUGAAUGUCACCCUAUUUCCUGCUUUGUUAGGAAUCUUACCUAGGGUCCCAGAUGUCCGUUCCUUAUUUGGAAAAAUUGUAGAUGUCUUGUAUUCUCUCUUUUUUAUGUUAU